CGAACAGCUGUCUUGCGGUACCUUUGAAAUUGAUGCGUACAACAAAAACAAUUUUAUUUUUUUGGUGUAACAAUAAAAACCAUUGCAAUUAUAGGAAAUUUAUAAUGUCCAAUGAUUCAGGGUCAAAGACGAAUGGAGGACUUAGCAAAAGAUUUCAAUGGCAACCGACAGAUAUAAUAGAUCCACCACAUAAAGUCGGCAAGGGUCAUGUCUGCUUAGUACUUAAUCGGGAGAUACGAAUACCUCAACAUGUGGUAACAGAGUUAUGGCAAAAUGCCACUACUCGCUAUUGCAUUGAUGGAGGCGCCAAUCGUUGGCGACAGUUUCUUAAGUUGCACAAGACCACCACGGAGUGCAUAUUAAAGCCCCCAGAUAUAAUAUCGGGAGACUUUGAUUCUAUAACUGAAGAAACAAGACAAUAUUUUAAUAGCAAAGACACUCAAUACAUUCAUACACCCGAUCAAAGUGCAACCGAUUUUACGAAGGCCAUUAAAACCGUUAGACCUAUUUUACAGGAGCAACAAAUACAAGACAUUAUAGUUUAUCAUGACACUUCUGGGCGUUUUGAUCAGAUAAUGGCAAACAUUAAUACCAUAUAUAAGUUCGAACAAGAUUUUUUCAAUAUUUAUUUAUUAAGCGGCAAUUCAUUGACAUGGCUUCUAAAGCCAGGCAAACAUUCCAUAACAAUACCCUCGGAAUUAGUGCAAGCACAGAGAUGGUGCGCUUUAAUACCAGUGGGUCAAGAGGCUACAAAUGUUACGACCAAAGGUUUAAAAUGGAACUUAACUAAUAGUUGUUUAAAAUUUGGCGGCAUGGUUAGUACUUCAAAUACUUAUGCCUUAUGUUCGGUGGAAGUAGAAACCAAUACACCUUUGAUAUGGUCCAUGGGUAUAUUUAAUUUUAGUGAUGAUUAACAUCUAAAAAAAAGGCGUAUUAUACUUAUACAUACAUGAUUUCUAGCUUCAAUUUGUUUUUUAACUGUGGUUAUGCAUUUUAUUAGUUGAAUUUUAUUUUAUAUUAUGUAUUUUUCUUUUUUUUUUUAAUUUUUAUUAUACACUGUAUAUUUUUUGCUUUUGCUGUAAAUUGUAAAUAUGUACGUACAAAUGAAAUCCAUUACACAAUAUACAAAAAAAUCAUGUUGCACAUAAAA